AUGAGCUUGGGAGGACUUCUUGUCUUCACGGCUCUCAGUAUCGUAGAGAAGUUGGGUGCCACGAUAAGCGACGUCUCCGUCAAGCGGGACUGGUCACCGCGCUUAUUCUCCGGUGACACGUUGAAGCACACAAACUCCGUGAUGUCCCAGAUUGAUCUGGUCACUCUAACUUUAGGCCCUCUGCUGGCCGGGCUUCUGAUCACACCUCGCUUGGCGAUCGACCUGGGCGUUGAAGACGCCGAGGCCGCCGGCUUCGUGGUGGUUGGGAUCUUGAAUGCGCUGUCCUUCCUCCCCCAGUUGAGCCUUUUACUGGAGAUCUACGCCGCCCGCACCGAGAAACUGCAGCCGUUGCCAGCCGAGCAGGUGCAGCGCAAGGCAAAUCCUCUGGUGGCCAAGGUAGAGGCAUGGAAGGCUUGGGGGAGCCACCCCAGCGGCAUCCAGUUCCUGAGCAUAUCUUAUGCGAUGCUCUACUUGACGGUGCUGUCACCAAACGGCGCUCUCCUCACCGCAUACCUCAUGCAGCGAGGUGUGACCAGCUGGCAGCUGUCGCUGCUGAGAGGUGCAGGUGCCAUACUGGGUGUGCUUGGUGUGAUGGGGCACCCGAUUCUCUGCCGACUCGUCGGCGGCCGUCCUGCUGAGGCUUUCUCUGUGACUUGGCUGGCGGGCAGCGUAAUGCUGGCGCUGGUCGCUUUUCGAGAGGCACCUGAGGCGCCUGGGCUCGGGCCGGCGUUGUUGAUCUUUAUGGUCGCCAUUUGUGUCGCACGAGCGGGGCUUUACUCCUUUGAGCUCGCCGUGUUAAACACGGAGCAGGAGCUCGCGGACGCGCGCCACCGCUCGGCGAUAGGGUCCGUGGACACGGCCCUUGUCUCUAUCGCCACCCUCAUGAUGUAUGGGUCCGGCCUGAUCCUCGACAAGCCGGCACAGUUUCAUAUUCUGAUCGCCUGCUCUGUGUGCUUCGUGACCAUGGCUGCUGUCACCUACUGGCUUUGGGUUCUCCUCUUCCACUCGCAUCGACACAGGCAUGCUGGCACUAAGGUUGCUGGAGACUACGGACUCUGCUUAGCAGCAACAGAGCCGGACGUGCAAAUCCAAGGGCACCUCACGAAGCUUGAGCCAAGCACACCUCCAGUCAAUGAUCCGAUUUAUGGUGGCAUUUGCCCUUGGGGUGAAGAGCUUGACAAGCACAAUAUCGGACCUGCCCAGCCAACAAGCAUGGCAUGCCGACAGUCCACCAGCUUCGACGAGAUGAUCGUGUGUGCCUCGUCGGUGGUGAGGAAUUUGGUGAGCAGGAUCGGCCUGGAACUGGUGAAAGACCAGGUUGGCACACAAUGGGCAACAGCAGUGUUCCGCAACCAUCCCCGGAACAUCGAAGAGCUGGAGAGAGAAGUCAUCAGAAGCAAGUGCAUGCUGAUGGCGAACACGCAUGGGGACGUGGAGCGUUUGGCCGCGGUGUCGACCAUCAACAUCAGCAGACGCGACGGCACCAGCCUGCUGCAACUUGGCACCUGGGAUCCCGAAGUCGGUCUCCGGGUCAGCUGUAAGCUUCCUGGUACCAAGCAGGAGCUCGGAGAGACCGCACAGGAGGCCAUGAGCCGCGUCCUGGAAACAGACCUGCUGCCCUUUAAGGGCUUGGUGGAUCUGUCGCAGCUGCCAGUACUUCACGAGGUGGAGUGGUCCCGCUCCGAAAAGUACAACAUGCGCACAAAGUAUUUGCGGACCAUCUUCCAGCUCGAGGUCCGAAAUGACAUGGACUUGCCCCUACUGCAGCGACUGGAGACCGACUCCGCACAGAAGCAUGCGCCGAACGUCACGAAGCGAACGUCUUUCCGUGGGCUGAUGAGCAUGGCCGGGGGAGCAAGGAUAGGGGCGAGAAGGUCCCGGUCCAACGGCGGCCUAGACGGCGAGUCGCCUAAUGCAUGCAUCGCAGACACCCAUGAGAUCGUCGGCUUGCCCGAUGGCGACAGUCAGAGAGUGCUGAUUUGUGGCUGGCU